AUGACCAUCAUCAUCUUCAUCUGGACUCUCACAGCGUUUGCUCAAGAGUGUAGAGGACAGAUCACCGUCACUCAGAGUCCCUCAAUAACAGCAGAACAACCAGGAGGAACUGUCAAUAUCAAAUGUAAAACCAGCACAGAUGUGUACAGGGAUGAUGAUGGGGAUGAAGGUUUAUCCUGGUACUUACAGAAACCUGGAGAAGCUCCUAAACUCCUGAUUUAUUUAGUAAAAACCCUCGAGUCAGGAACUCCAUCUAGAUUCAGUGGCAGUGGAUCUAACAGUGAUUUCACUCUGAGCAUCAGUGGAGUCCAGACUGAAGAUGCUGGACAUUAUUACUAUUUACAUGUAGAUUAUUUGCAUCGCAGCUCAUGCUUCAGGAGGUUUAUAACUCUGAAUCUGAACACUGAGAAUCUAAUUAAACCAACAGCAACCAUGAGCUUCAUCUUCAUCAUCUUCAUCUGGAUGUUCUCCAGCUGCUUCACAGAAUCCGUUGGUGCAGUGACAGUCACUCAGACGCCGGCAGUGAAAUCUGUUCCUCUAGGAGACACAUUUACUAUAUCCUGUAAAACCAGUCCUGAAGUCUAUCAGGGUUGGAGUUAUCAGCCUUUAUCCUGGUACUUACAGAAACCUGGAGAAGCUCCUAAACUCCUGAUUUAUAAUGCAAACAGCCGUCAGUCAGGAACUCCAUCUAGAUUCAGUGGCAGUGGAUCUAACAGUGAUUUCACUCUGAGCAUCAGUGGAGUCCAGACUGAAGAUGCUGGACAUUAUUACUGUCAGAGUUUCCACUACAUCAACAGUAAUGUGUUCACACAGUGAUAAAGAGUCGUACAA